AGGCAAGUAGUUUUUUUCUGUUGCUAUCAACUUCUGAGUUCUGAGAUUUUUUCUGCUUGAAUGUAUAAGAUGUUUUCAUGUGUGUACGCUUUCGCAAUUUAUCUUGUAUUGGAUGAAGAUCUCUAAAAUGAAAAAUGUUUUUUUAAGAGAGAGAGAGAGAGAGAAAGAUGAAGCAUAUCUGGAAUAGAGAAUACUACGAUAAUGUUUUCAAGUCGAUGUGGCAUCGAUAAACUGUUUGGUGCAAAAAAAUAUUUUCGUUUAGAUGGUUAGAUUAUGAUUCUUCUGUUAAAGAAGAAGAAGCGAUAUGUUUUUUUCUCGAAGCGAUUAGCUGCGACCUGUCAUUUUACUCAUAACAAGGAUUUGAAUGGAUUAUAAUGCUGAAUUAUUAAGUUAUUUUUUUUUUCAGUUAAUCAACUGUGCUUUUGACCAAUUUUUGUGUUUGAACUUUAUGAUUUGGGAUGAAACAACCAAAAAUCCCAAAACUGUGGAGGGUAAUGAGUGAGUCUGUGUGCAGAGGAACUAAUUAGAGCUUGAUAAUAUUAUGGAAAUUUCGCAAGAAAUAGAUUUGAGAUUUUAGCAACAAUUUAUUCUGGUUUCCAUGAAACUACAGCUUCAAAUUGGUGCAGGAUGUGUACGAUUGAGCCGCCCUUCAGGCCAAGAGAGAAGCUCAUCGAAAAGCAGAAGCAUUUCCAAAGCAUACACAAACACACUUAUUUAAAAGGACCAUUUGACAAAAUCACCUCAGUUGCCAUUCCUCUUGCUUUGGCUGCCUCUUCUCUCUAUCUCAUUGGGAGAGGGAUCUACAAUAUGUCUCAUGGGAUUGGGAAGAAGGAAUAAGAACUUGUUUGUUGUGAUGAUCAAUAUGAAAAGAGCUUUGCAGGCUAGUUUUUUUUUUAUAUCCAAGUAUUGAUAUCUUGAAUGCUUAGUGAUUCUUGAAUUACUUGAGAAUUGAGAUCAAUGGUGUUUUUUAAAAGAGACUUGAGAUUAGUAGUGUUAAUAUGUUUGCUAGUAACUAAUAAGUUAGCAUUUAGCCAUUACAAUGUUUUCAAGAACCAUUGCAUUCAGGAACUUCGGUUUCAUCAUGCCUCUUUGAGUAGCCGUUGUGGGUUUCCGAUAAACGCAGAGACGAACCUUUUCAUGGGCAUCUUUGGGUAGCUGCCGCUCUCUGUGCCUCCACCUCUC